CAAGUACUCGAUUUUCUCAACAUUCGAUUGUCUAAAAAAAAGAACCCUAAUUCCUUUGUUGAUAUCAGAAGCAGAAAUUGUAUCAAACUUGUUGAUGUCAGAAGCAGAAAUAGAAAUUCUCAACAUUUGAUUAUCUGAAACAAAAACCCUAAUUCCUUUGUUAUAUCAGAAGAAGCAUAAACAGAAAUUCUCAACAUUUGAUUGUCUGAAACAAAAACCCUAAUUCAUUUGUUGAUACCCGAAGCAGAAACAUAAAAUUUCUAUUUGAUUACCCUGAGAAACCCUAAUUAUACAAUGCGUACUCGAUUUCUCAACGUCGAUUACUUCUCUUUCUCUUCAGAAAAAACCCUAAUCAAUUUCUUUUCAAUACCAGUCCCUAAAAUAUCUAAUACCCUCUUUGAUACAAAAUCACAAGCAGAAGCAGAAAAUUUCUGUUUCGAUUCUGUUUUAGAUAUCGAUUUUGAAAUUGAACCAUUUCAAAUCGAUAAACCUCUUUCUUUGUUCUUAAAUGAAGUUCUUCCUCACAAUAUUGAUGAUGUUCCAGACAGGGAUGUUAUUAGUAGUAACUCAAAUUCUUAUUUCGACGAACAAAGAAAUUCUCAAUCUCAAGAUCUAAAUCGAUUUCAACAGGUCUCUGUUGAAGAAAAGGAUAAAGGAAACUUUAAAGUCAUUCCGUUUGAGACUCCGGAGUUGGAUAUUGUUGCUGUUUUGAAACAUGGGGAUGAUUUAGUUCUCCCUGAUCGUGUCCUAGAGACGGAAAUGACUCUGGACCUUAGCCCCGUGAUUCCAUACCCUUCCACUCUAUCAGAGUCUACCUAUUUGGACCUUAGCCCCGUGAUUCCAUACCCUUGCACCCUGUCAGAGUCCAUCAAUUUGGUGGAAGACAUAACCCUAGACUUCCAAAUAGAUGAGAAAAGGUCUUAUGUUGUUGAAGAUGUUCAGGACAGAAAUGAUCCCUGUACCAGGAAUUUACCGGUUCAGGAAGUGAAUGAUUGCGAAUUGAAAGUUCACUCAAAUCUGCUAGAAAGCUUUGGAUUCCAACAGCGGACCGUAAGAGAUGAACAGUUGCUGGUUAGUGAUGGUAAACUUGAACAUGGGACUACUAUUAUAUGCAUGCGUCAACCUACGGAAGUCUCUAUGGGUGGUGACUCGCGCCGAACUUGCAAGCAUUCAAUCAGUAAGCAUUAUUCUUAUAAUAUUUUGGGCAACUUGUUUUACUUUUUUCUAGCCGUUACUAGUUGGCGCAAAUAUAUAGGUAAUUGUAACACUACCAAAGUCCAUAAGAUUGGGAAGAGUGUCCUGUAUGGAGAUAGUGGAUUGUGCUCACUAAUAGAUAGCAUCAGAAUAGAGCUGACGCAGUUUAUAGCUUCUAGAGAGCUAGUUGAUGGUCGAAUAUUGCUAGAAGAUGUGGCCCGUGAAGCAAGCAUGAUCUAUUGCAGAACUGGGAGCAAAGAGGGUUAUAGUGCAAUUAUAGGAGGGUUUGAAGGCAACCUUACACCUGGUUUUAUAUGGAGGGUUAAUACAUCACAUUAUUGGCGGGAGUCAAAUGAAUGGGCCUGUAUAGGAAGUGGAAGGAUGUAUGCAGAAAUGUAUACAUCAACUUUCAAUCCAUCAUUGCAUAAGGUUUUAGUAGAUGAAACAUUUGACAAAUCUAUGUUCACGGCGACGGUGAAUGAUUUUUGUACUGGUGGGAUGAUGACAGUGGCCUCAAUAUCUGAGACAAAUGACAUUCAAAAAGUCAUUUACAGAACGCGGACAAUAGCACAACUGAUGGAUAAAUACGGUAUUCACUUUGAUGAAGCUUCGUGGGAGUGGAUUCAGACUACUUGCUCACCUCGUCUCAAACCUAUAUAUCUGAAUGGACUUGGAGUUAGUUCGAGUAUACGCUCGUGUGUUAUGAUUGGAUUGCGGCUAGAUGAAGCUGUACUUCUCUUCAGAGAUGAGGGGUUAAGGGUUGGCUGCCAUGCACGUUAUGCAGAUGGAUAUCAAAUUAUGUUGAUAGUCAACUAUUUAGGCCUUGCUGGCUUUGGGCCUGAUUAUUUAUUUUCUGAAAUUGUCAACUACAUCAAGCUGCUAAUAGCCGAGCAGAAAACUGAUAAGAAAAGACGAUAUUUAGAGUUUUAUGCUAGUAAGAUAGUCAGCUUGUUGGAAUCGCACCGCUUUGACCGAGAUACUCAUCCUGUAUAUCUCGUCGGUGGUUUUGAUCAACCAUGGCAAUACUUACCUUCCAAAUCAUCUCUUUGGUGUGUAACAAAAGCUGGCUGUUACCCUGUUGACAGAUGGAGCCAUGGCUGUCCCUAUGCAGAAUACACUGUAGCGACGAAAUUUAGUUCCAGUCUUUCGACUAGGGAUGCGGAAGAUGUGGGAUACCUUGCGUUGAAUAAUAUUUAUGCGAAUUGUAUUACCAUUGUGGUACCACAAGCAGCUAACAGAAAACGCAAGAACUCUCAGGUGCAACAGAAUUUUAAGAAGGCCAGAAUCAGCCAAAAGGACGUCACAAAGGAACAGAAAACUAACAUAUCGGUUGCUCGAAAGUGGGAUACCCAAAAUACUGGUUCAACUGGGAAUUCAAAUACUGUUGCUUCUGCACAAGGUGAUAUGAUCGAAGAUGCUGCUGUUGCAAGUGUCUCACAGGAUACACUCCUCAGCAAACACCAUAUGAAAGAAGACAGAAGUAUGUCAAAGCAUCUAUUGCCACCUCUGCAUAGUGACCUCAAAGUUCAUAAGCCUACUCAAGUGAAAGAAAAGGGUGUUGGGCAUAUUCACUUGAAGCCUCUCAGCAAAUCAGAUGGAACUGGCGAUCAAGCAAAUACAGCAGUAGCUCCAGGAAAAAGUUGUUGUUCCCCUGUCAGCAAAAGCACCGAAACCCAGAGUUCAUAUCCUGUGCAUGAAAGGAGGCUGCAUAUUGGUAACGAGAACACUAAAGUUGUGAAUCAGAGGGCUAGAGCUUCUUGUUCAUCUGACACAAGAAAAAAAGCUCUACCUAUUGCACCAGAAAGUUUUAGGAACGAUAUUCAACAUAAUAUAUCUGGUUCCCAAGAUCAUCCCUCCAGCUUACUCCAGCAGAAAUUUAAAUCUAGCUCUCUAAAAUGCGUAAAUCCUAGACUUCCAGUAUCAAGCAUUGCACCUAUUAGAAGCAACAAAAGCAUUACUUCUACAAAAAAUGAUAAAUCUCCUUCAAAUAUUCUGAAGAGGACACCUGAUAAUCCUUGCUUGAAAGUUUCUGGGCCUAUGAUAUCCAGGAAGGAUCCACCACAUUCCAAUGUUCCAAGAGAAAUAAAGUCAUUAAGUCCCAGAGUAGGAAACCCAAGAGUGAGCAUAAAUGCAACCUCUGAGAUCGUUCAUUCUUUUGGUCUACAGAAGUAUGGGUUGUCAAGCCCAUCUUUGAAGCGAAAGAACAUUGAGGGAUCCGAUGCAGAUCCAGCGAUUUCAUAUCCGUUUAAACGUUUUGCUGAGUCAUCUAAUGAGAGCAGGAAACCUACCGAGGCUUCUGAAAGUCAUAGAAAUUCUGAACCAGAAAGUCAUAGAAAUACUAUUUACUGAAUCAGUGUGUGGUGAAUGAUAUCAAAUCUAUCUUCCUUGUUUCUUUGACUUACUUGGCUAUGUUACCAAUGCUCAGACUCUAGAGAGAAGUGGUUACCACUCGACCUCCACAGUUGAAUUCACUCUGGAUUCAAGGUUAUCAGCAUUCAAAGUCCCUUUGACAAUGGCGAAUGAUAGAAUCGCUGAAAAGGCUGAAGCUUAUACGAAAGUGUUUGAAGAUAUUUGCAACAUGCUGAAAAAGAAGCAUGAGGAAGCCAAAGAGAUACUGGUUCGUGCUACUGUCAACAACAAUAAUCUGUUGAUGCUGAACCAUCCAGUCUAGGAAGAGAAGAUAUCCUCUGAGCUUAUUGUUUUCAUGAAUACUAAUCUGGACUUGUUGCAGCGGGAUCUUCAAGUUUGAUCUGUUGAUAGAACAAAUGAUCUGUUUCUGCUUCACCUUUCAAACAUAUACAAGGUCUAAUUCACCUUUUUAUACACUAACAUACUCGAGAAAAACUGCAGGAUGUGGCCAUACUUCUGUUCAUAGACUGUUGUUGUUAAUCUACUUGCAGCAGCUGUUACUUUCUGGCACAAUCAUAUUGCUACUUGAAUCCAGAAGCGACUCCAAUCUGAAAUAAUUUUCAAGACAGAACUUGCCUAUAAUUUUAAUAGGAAUUCAUAUAUAGACGUCUUAUUGCUUAUUUCUUUGGUUUAUGGAGGAGUCACUCGCUCCCACUAACCACUUUUGAUUCCACUAGGUUACAUAAUUGAUAUGAGUCGGCAACAUUUUGUCCUAUAAUUUACUUUACAUUUUCAACUCAUGUCAUUCUAGUCCAAAAAUCUUAUUUCAGUUGAU